AUACAAAAAAGAAUUUGUCACUCAUUUGAGCUCAGAGGCGAUGGCAGUCCCGCACUGAGCUUAGAAGUAUACUCUUUUCGAACUCCUGGAUUGUACAUUGUGGGAGAUUAUGCUUUAUAUCACUGUUGGCCUCCCUAGGACUGUUAUUUGUGUGACCGUAUAUGUGGAAUUCACGGAUUUAUUUUCUUACAAGCGUGAUGGAAUAGUUCUGUGCUGGAAGAAGCCUCAGACCGCAGGGGAACAGCAAAGGAAGUGCAGAACUGCCACUAGGAGGGACGCUAUGGAAGACCACAUAGGUUGGUCUAGUCUAUAGGAUGGUAGCACACAACAAGGUGAAAGCCGAUAAUGCAGUUGCAGACAGAAGAUCUCAAUGCCUGGAAGCCUCAAACACAGAUCCUUCCCAGAUCCAACCUGCCAGAGCUAUCCAUAACAGCCCUGGACAUCCUCUUCCUGCAGCACAGCUUGGUGAUACACAUUUUCGAACCUUCCGCUCUCAGUCAGAUUUCACAAUUAUUACCAGGACCAGCAACACGCUGGAUAGUUGUGGUUUUUACUGGGGACCAAUGACAGUCAAUGUGGCACAUGACAAACUAAGGCAGGAGCCUGUGGGCACUUUCCUUAUCAGGGACAGUAGACAGAAAAACUGUUUUUUUGCUAUCAGUGUUAAAACAGCUUCAGGACCCAUCAGCAUAAGGAUCCACUUUCAGGCUGGGAGAUUCAGUCUUGAUGGCAGCAAAGAAUCAUUCAGCUGUCUUUUUCAGCUAGUGGAACAUUAUUUACUUUCUCCUAAAAAUAUGCUAUCAUUUCCUCUAAGGAAGGUCAGAUUAAGACCUCUGCAAGAACUUUGUCGAAAAAGCAUAUUGUUAACAUUUGGGAGACAGAACUUGGACAGAAUCCCAGUCAACAGAGUCUUAAAAGACUAUUUAAAAUCUUUCCCAUUUCAGAUGUAACACAGGGCAUUAACAACAGAUGCAAAAUGGACAAAGCUCAACUUUCUGGGAAUACUUUUUAUCUUAUUUAAUGAUUGUCAAGUUUAUUUUUUGUAGCCAUUUAUCUGUAUUUUGGGGAAAAACUUGAACGCUCACCUUUUAAUGUUUACAAAACAAGACAAUUUGCACAAGCUAAAAAGGGUUACUCCUUUUUAAGAAAUGUAUUUCUGCUGUGCAGAGAUUUAUUUUUUAUUACAUUUUAGAAGUAAUACAUUUUAUUAUAAAAUGAUCAAAACAA